AUGGAUACUAGCACCGAUGUCUACCAUCUGCUCAACAACUCGUUGGGCGGCUUUGGUUCUGUACUCGCCUCUGCACUCCUAUCCAUCAUCCUACAAGAUGAGGACGGUCACCCGGUUGAAGGAGCCCUGGCCACACCGCUGACCUUCAACCUCACAACAGUGGGGAACGCCAGCAGUGAGCCCGGUGUUACGUGCAAGUUCUGGGACGAGGAGAUGGAAGUCUGGUCUACAGACGGCGUCACGAUGCUCUCUGCCGCAGAUGGCGUUGUCACUUGUUCAACCACGCACCUUUCUAUCUUCGCCAUUAUCGUAGACACCAUCAUCUCAACUCUGGCAUGUUCGAACGCUGCCGCAAUUUUCUCGCUGGAAGGUUUGCAAUUUCUUCAACGUGUGGCAUGGGCUCUGCGCCCACCAUCGGUGCUGAACUGGGUCAUUCUGCUGAUGGGCGCUUUCCUUCUUUGCCUGGCUGCGUGCGCCGACAGACGCACUCGACACCGCCUGAAAGUACUGAAGGCAACGCUGGACUUCUGUGACAAGUUCGAGAAGGCAAAGGCAAGCCAAGAGCAGCAUGAAAUGUUUGAUAUCUAUGGCUUUAGAUCUCUCUGUUCCUGUGACGUGGCUCGAUCUGUUUGUUCUGCAGUGGUGCGCCGAAGAACAGGGGUGAGCCUUGAUGUGCUGAACCGGAUGUAUGCGGAUACUGGGACCACAGCCUCCCAUGACUUAGCGAAGUCAGCCUUAGACAAGUUCUGGCAGAUAAACUGCUGCUCCAAGCUCGUGGUCUUGUUUCGGAUGAAUUGUGCAUACAUCAAUGUCUUGGAACCACGCACGACUUCAACCUGCUUGCAGCGCACAGCGGUCCUCAUUGCACGGCUCUACUCUGGAUGGGCCGUGUCGGCUGUCUUCUACAGCUCGUCAUCAAUAGCUGCAGGCCAGCCAGACUGCGAACCAAAAGUUGCGCUGCUGGAGACCGUGGUCCGCUCAGUAGUGAUCGCCUUCAUUACAGCUGCUGUUGGCGCACUGCCUCUAGCCUUGGUGAUGGCGCUGGUAACAAAGGUUGUCCUAAUUCCUAUGCAAAUACGCCUCAUGCUCUUCUGGACGCUCCUGACUGCGUACUUCCUGCUGUGCCUCAUGGUAGUUUGCAUUUUUAUUGCCAGCGUCAGCCUUUCGGACAGCGAGAAGUGGUUCGUAUCGGCUCUUACCAACGUUUUGACGGGUGCCAUCUUUUCACCACUCCUGAUCAGCUCGGUGAUGUCUUGCUGGUUGCGGAAGCUGGAGCAGCUUAUUACAAAGGUCGCAAGCCAAUGGCAAAGCCAAAAGUUGCAGGAGCUUGUUCACAUGGAGAGCAUUUGGCUCUCAGAGGUGGCUCUGAAGACGGUUCUCAAGAGUGAUCCUGUGGAAAUGACCAUCACGUGUCAGGUAGCAGGGCAUGACGAGGUCACGGAACUCCAAGAAGAUGAAGGUAGCUUCCGGUCCCCGAUCCCCUACAAGCUUGAGGCGCACCAGCUUUUCGUCCUCUCUGUUUAUAGGGGCGCCCGGGACACCACGCAGCGCAAUCUUAUAGCCUGCGCCUUUUUUCAUGUUGACCAACUGCAAGAUGGAUAUUUCCAAGGGUCCCUCCCACUUUUCCUUGACGACAACAACCUCCACGUGGCCCUGAACGCAACGGUGACUGUUGUGAGUGAGACAAAGCCCAAGAGAGACGUCGCGCGAGUUUCGGAGAGUCCGGAGAGCUAUGAGGCUCCAACAGUCAUCCCAGUGGCCCCAGAGCCUGGAGAAUUCAUGGAAAUCGCACAGGUGGAAGAAAAGGAGGAUGCAGAAACAAAUGUGCCGGAGGAGCUUGCCGAACCGGUAGCGAUGCCGUCCCUGGUGCCCUGGCAGCCAGAGGAGCCGUCGGAAGCAAACGUUCCGAGGGAGCUUCCAGAGCCAUCCGUUGUUUCUAUCCCGCCGGAGAAGCCAGCUGAAACAAGUGUCUCAAGGGAGCUUUCUGGACCGAUGACACUGCCGGCCCGGCAAGAGGAUUUGAGCAAAAAGGAGCCAACCCAAGCCUCUGGAGUCAAGGAGCCUGAGUUGCAGAUGGCAUCGGAGGCUCCAGAGAUGCAGGUGCCGCCGCCCAUGCAGGAACCUCCAGUAACUGGUUCAGUGUUGUUCCUCUAUACGAUUUCCUUAACAUUCGGACGGAACACUUUCAGAAGGUUGAAGCUCAAGCAGGGCUGA